AACUUGCAGUGUUUAAUGUUUCAUUUCUGUUCUUUUAAAGAGCAAUUUAAUAUUCUUAAACAAUACUGCAGUACAGAACAAAUGUGUUAGACAUAGCAGUUCUCUGCAUCAAAUGCCUAAACCUUUAUCUCAUGCCUCCCAUGCAUCUAAUGGCUUCUGCUGGCUUUUUUGGUGAAGGAACAAGGAGAACUGGAGCUUGGUGGGAGGGAAAAGGGAAGUCAUGGCACAGUCGUUAACCCAUGCUGCACUGCUCAGCAAAGCAGCCCUGUGGUACCAGCCCCAGUUGGCUAAAGGGAGCAGUGGUAGUUCUUUAUUAAACUGAAGUGUUCCUUCCAAUUCUGGUAACACAGCUGUCUAGAACUCGUUUGCUGUGGACCUUUGGGCUCUUCCGUUUUCAAAGCAGUAUUUAGUAUAUUAAACCAGUGCUGAAGUUGUUAAGUUAGCAAUGUUCUUGCUUUCACUUCAAGAUUCCUUAAUUCUUUGCAAGCUCGGUUUGCUUGUUUUGGUCUUGAAACACAGAAGUGGAGAUGCAAUGUGUUAAGAAGGAAACAUCCUGAAAUGAGCUCCUCUGUUUUUGUCUUAGCAGAACUUCAGUGAGAGACGAUGCUGCAGAGAGAGAGAACAGAGUGGCACUUGGCUGCAGGACGUUCAUGUUGAUUUGAUUAAAAGAGUUUGAUUUCAGGAGGUAUUUACAAAAAGCGGCCUUGCUUUUCCCAGCAAAAAUCAAGUUAUUGACUAAGUUCGUUACUGUGCUUUGUUACUUGACAAAUCCAAGGGCUUUGGAGCGAAGUGGUUCAGGGAGCAGCUUGUAAUCUAGCAUGGCAAGAUAUCAAAAGCAAAACCAUUUUGUUUAGGCUUCAGGUUGAGUAAGAUGGAUUCUGCCUGAAGUAAAAAUGUUUGUAUGCGGGGUAUAAUUGUAUAAAAAGGCUCAAGGCCUGAAUUGAACUUGAGUUCAGGGAGCUUCUGAACAACUGAACCAAAAGCAGGGAAGUCAGGUCUGAGUGAAAAGUUCAGAGUCAGUGAGGAGAUGGGCACGGUUGGGACAGAUAAUCAAUCUCUACCUGUUUCUGUUCCCCUUCCCUAACACGGGUGGAAUGUUUUUACUCAAGUUUCAGAACAUUGAAGUUGACCAGGUAAAUUGAGCCUGGCCCUUACAGAACCGGUCUUGCCUGCAAAUGGGCACAUUCAGAAGUGUCUCCAGGGCAAUGACCUUCAGAAAGAUGCUGUUUGUUGGUGCCUUGCUGCUCUUAAAAUUCUCUGUUAGUGAAGCUGGGGAGAAGAAAACCCAACUCUGCUCGAUAUUUGGAAUGCUCCUUCUAAGAGCAUUCUAUGGUAAAGGAAAGGAUGCUGCCAUAGAACCACUCUGCUCUGCCUGGCACAGGGCAGGAUGCUGUCUCUGAGUGCAACAGGCUCAGGGCAAUGAGGAGUCAUCCGCAUAGAAUUCAUCCUCACGUAUGGUAAUACUUAGGGUUUUCUCAAAGCCACUUUUAUGUAUCAACAAAAAUGAUAAUGCUGCUGAAAAUACUGAGACAGCCUUGAAAGGCAUGAAAAGUUGGCUUAGGAAUCCUGAACUGGUACGAUUGUGGCAGCCUUCUUCCUAUCGAGGGCUGUGCAGCCUCUUGUGGUGUGAAGUUUUCUUGUGUUUGUUACACUUCUAAACAGAGAAAUACGGGAACAGGCAGCAGAAAAGGAGGGUGACACUUGUGGCUGUGGUUAAUUGCAGCAAGCUGGUGACAGUUCAAGGACAAUUCCGCUUGCGGACAGACUCAGUUCUCGAUGCUCGUAGGGUUUCCCUGCUUUGUUUUGUUUUGUUUUCCACCUUAUCUGCUGUUGCAGAUGCUGUAUUUCAUGAGAACUGCCUGCACGCGUUGCUGGGUGCUGUAAGGGCAGGGCUGGCAGAGCUGCGGGUCCUACACACAGUGACUGCACAGCGCCAGGGCUCGGCAGCACCUCUGCACCGCUCUGAGUGCUGCUGCUGGUGUGAGCAUGAGAAGCAGCCACACUGCAAAGGUACGUUGCUUUGGGUUGUCUGAAUGUGGCACAGAAGUGAAAAGGUUCUAGGGCAGGGUUUGAUGGUUGGGCUCAGCAUCAGGCUUGGUGAUGCUGGAGGUGUUGGAUGCUCUCAUCCUGGGCAGGGAUGCGUUGUACUGACUGUGCUUUUAUUGUGUGACAGUUCAUUAAUGGGGAAAAUGUUGUCAUGAGGGGAGCUCCAAACAAAGCAGUAAUGACUGCCUGUGAAUAAACACAAGUGAAACAAUGGAUAGACAACCUCGAGGCUGCCCUGCUUUGCUGCUCUGUGAUAACGCUGUGCACGCUGUAUGUUGUCAGAAUCGUAUGGGGAGCCCCAGUCAUCUUAUUGCAGAUAAAUUCCCGAUGUAACAACAAAGCAGAAACAGAUUUAAACUGCUCUCUUUGGUUUCAGUUUUUAGAAGGAAGCAAUCUGCAAGGUUUGCCACGUGUCUUUGUGUAUUCACGUUGUCCUAAUGUGUUUUUAAUAGACACAGAUAAAAGAGCUUGCUGCUGUACAGUCAGAGGACUGAAGUCUUAAUUCUUUAUUCAGUGCUUUGAUCAUCCGACCAUCUGCAAGUCUAACGAGCAGUGUAACAGAAUGGUUGUUGAACCCCUGGUGAUGGUCCCAAUGGUAACUAAACAAACUGCUGCCUGGAAAUGUGGGUACAGAGCAGAACAAGAGGAAGAAGUUGGUGAGCAGCCAUGGGCUGUGCUCAGCAUUUCCACUCAGACAUGCAGCGAUGGCAGAACAGUUUCUUAUGUGAAGUCACCAGGGUCUGUUGCAUGACAUCUAUUCAAAGAGUGUUUAUUUCUGGGUGUGCUAUUUCGAGGUUUCCUACACGACCUGCUGAAAUCCAUGUGAUGGCAGCACCAUGAUUUCCAGCGUUGUUCCAAGUCCAUCCGCAGCACACCCGGCCAAAUCCAGGGGAAAUAAUAACAAGAAAAAGCCCGAUUUCUUUCUGCUACAUCCUUUAUAAACUAUUUAUAAGAGAUAUCAGGCAGCGCUGUUCAUUAUGAUAUCUGAGUGCCAUUCUAAGUGUGGAAGUGGUGUUUUUCCCACUCUCCGGACUUGCUGAAGCACCUGCAGUAGUUUUGCUGUGCCCAGCAGCGCUCCAUGCUCGCUCUGUGCUCUGCCUUCCACCUUGAUGUGGAAAACCAUUCCUGAAGAUGGAUUCAGGGUAGGAUCACACCCAGAGAAAUGUGGGAUUUCUCUCUUGCUGCUCCUGCAGCAUCGUUCGCACAGGAAAUAUUGCACAUCUUGGUGCAACUCACAGCGUGGUUAGUGUUGGCUGUGCUUGGGAAAUAGCUCACUUGCUGCUUGGCAACAUUUUCUGUGCUUUUGCCAAAAGAAAACCAGAGGCAUUUCCUAAGCACCCGUGAAGUUAAUCUGGAAUCUGUCCACAAGUUGCAGCGCUGCUCCGUGUGUUUCUGGGAGCCCCUUCCAAACCCCAGAGCAGUAAAUGAGCAACUGCUCUUUAUUGCCUGCAUGAAGCGCCCAGAGCAGGCACAGAUGAGUUACUUUGUGCCAGGAUUCCCUCUCACUGGGAUAAUUGCAGCAACUGCUUCUCUGUUCCAAGCCCCGUCCAAAGGUGUAGAUUUUGUUGAUAAGGCAUUUUCAAUUCAACUUUUUCUAUUUGAGAUGUGUGGCUUUUCUAGUGAAGUGAUUGUGGCCGCAGGAGCGCCUAAUUUUAUCUUGAAGCUGCUAUGGAAAGAGGAAGGAGAACACUGCAGCCAAAGAAAAGCAAAAGCAUAAAAACCCACAUGAUGUGAAUGAGUACAGCAGUGAAACCUGCGUGUUUGCUUGGGCACAGCUUGCUGGGUGAAUAGCAGUGAUGGGUGAUGCUAAAUAACACUCCUGUUUGAUAGCAUUGAACAGCUUUUAAUAAUUACAGAAGCACGCCCUUUCACCCGCAGUUAAUGGUUAGCUUUAAUGGUUAGCUUUAAUGGUUAGCUUUCCUCCUCAGCUCUCCUGCCUCUAAAGAAUGUGACUGUUUUGCAGUCGUUUCCCUGGGUUUAGAGGAGAUUUGCUCAGAUUUUGAGAGACUCAAACGUGAAAAUUGCAAAGUAAAUGGAGACAUUUGGAAGUACAAAAGAACAGGAGGAAAAGAUGAUGCUACAAAAACACCGUAAAAUCAAAUAGAUCCAUUUCUGGUUCAUCCCCACUGCCCCCAUCAGCCGGCCAAGAUUCAGCUGUAAGACAGAAAGGCAUUUCCCAGGGGGUGAGGGACAUCUGCGUGCCCUGUGCAGCAGCAGCUGCAGGCCAAUAGCACAUGCAGAUAAUUGUGCUACGUAAUUAGCUCCCCCUGCUCCCAGCAGUGCUGUGCUCGGGGCUCCCAGUGGUGCAGAAGGAGCAGAGCUGCUCCUGAGCUCAGCGGUCUCAGUUCUGCUUGGGGGAUGGAGUAGCAGAGGCACUGAAAUGAAGGUCAAUAACGCACUGGCGAAGGCUCUGUAUGACAACAAGGCGGAGUGCUCGGACGAGCUGGCCUUCCGCAGAGGGGACAUCCUGACAGUGCUGGAGCAGCACGUUGUUGGCAGUGAGGGCUGGUGGAGGUGCUCACUGCAUGGACGGCAAGGCCUGGCUCCUGCCAACCGCCUGCAGCUCCUGGUGGGCCCACAAGCCCUUCCGCCUCCUGCCAUCCCCAGCGAUGCUCCAGAGCCACCCGUGGCCCCACAGAACAUCUACCAGGUGCCCUCUGUGCCCAAAGGCACCGCGUCGUCCUCUACCUAUGAGAAGAUGGAGGGGUGGGUGACAUCGCCGGCUCGGGCUGCCACCCAGCCUGCACAGGGGGUCUACCAGGUGCCAGCCUUGGCUGCACAGCUGCUCAGUGAGAGGACACGGAGCUGCAAGCAGCAGCACCUCUUUACUCUCCCAAGAGCGUGUCGGGCUUCAGUGCCAAACAUCACCAGCGAGGUGUAUGAUGUCCCAUCCAUGCAGAGCCGGGAGUCCUUACUCACACAGAGUGGUGCCACUCCACCUGCAUCACGGAAGGUCUCUGUGCUGGCCAGAUCUCCCAAGUGCUUCCAGGAAGAGCAGCAGCUCUACAACGUCCCAUCCAGCUCAGAGAAGUCUGGAGCUGUUAUCCAAGAUUCAGCAGUGGGCAAUCUGUAUGAUGUCCCACCCAAAAGAGAAACUGAUGCUGCAGAGAAGAAAUCUCAGAAGAAGUUCUGGGGUCACUGUAACACCUUGCCAAACCCUCGCAAGUCAGAAUGGAUUUAUGAUAUUCCAAUAUCACCUGAAAAAACAGGAAUAAAACAAAACUCUUCUGUCCAUUCCACAGAGAACCAGGUGCUAUAUGAUAUACCUCCAGCCAGGUACAAGGCACUAACAACAAAUGCUGAAGCCAACGUUGUAAAUCCACAGUUGUAUGAUAUUCCACCAACACAACGGAAAUUAACAUUUCCAGAUGUCCCUCUUUAUGACGUUCCAUCCUCAAAGGAUGUUCUCUUGCAGCAGAAUGGUAGCUGCGAUGUACCCCCGAGUCUCCUGGCUUCAAAUGCUGAGAAUCAGAUUUCUGGAGGGAAUGUCUACGAUGUUCCUAAAGGUUUGCCCACCACUAUCCAGUCUAAGAAAGGGAUGGAGAAAAACAGCAACCGUUCUGGAAACCAGGCGUACCAUGUUCCCCCACAGCUCUCGAGAGACACCAAACCAGAACAUGACAGAUUAUCUGUUUCUAGUGUGGACAGCAGAAGCAGCACUCUUUCUACAUCCUCAGAUUCUUCUUCUGAGUCUUCUUCUGUGUCAUCAUCAGAAGAGCCUGCCACAGAAAUUAAGCUGGACCUCGAGGUGGCCAUAGAGACACUGACUAGAUUGCAGCACAGUGUAUCUAGCUCAGUUGCAAGUUUAAUGAUCUUCGUAAGCAGUAAGUGGAGAUUACAAGAGCACCUAGAGAAAAACAUUGAAGAAAUCCAUAGGGCCAUUGAUCACAUCAAAGUGUCACUGGGAGAAUUCUUGGCCUUUGCUCGAGCUUUAAAGGUAAACGCAUCCUACCUCACUGAUAACAAUCUUCAGAUCAGAAUUAAAAAACAGCUAGAAAUUCUUCUGAACUCAUUCCAAAUCUUGACAGAAACAAGAGAAGCUCUAAAUAACUGCAACUGGUCUUUGGAUGUUUUGGUCCUCAAGAAACCCUACAACAACCCAGAUGAUCUCGAUCGCUUUGUUAUGGUUGCCCGCACGAUUCCAGAUGAUCUCAAGAGAUUUGUAUCCAUCAUCAUUGCCAACGGAAAGCUUCUCUUCAGAAAGAAUGAGAAGGAGCAAGACAUGAAGCAACCAAGAGUGAGCCCGGGAUCUAAAAUGCCAAAACAAAUCAUGGCACCAAGAAGAAUAGAAACAGAUCCACUUCCAGUAAAUGCUCCUGAUAAACCCAACCCAAGUCAAGGCAGUAAUGAGACAACAAAAGAAAAUGUCACUGAGGACUGUGAAUAUGUUCAGCUGCAGGUGCUGCCAUCUACAAAAAAGAAUGAAGUUCGAAGCCAGCCAGAUUCUGCAAAAAAGGUUGUCGUUCCAGAGCAGUGCAGGCUGUGUUUCGGUGCCCUUCACAAGGCCAUCGCUGUGUUUAACAACAGCCUGAGCAGUCAGCAGCCGCCUGAAGUCUUCAUAUCCCACAGCAAAUUGAUCAUUAUGGUGGGGCAGAAGAUUGUGGAUUCUCUCUGCCAGGAAACACAGCUGAGGGAGGCUCGGAGCGACAUUCUGCACAGCAGCAGCCGGUUUUGCAGCCUCCUGAAGAACCUGGCUCUCGCCACCAAAAACGCAGCAAUCCAAUAUCCAAAUGCAGACGCAAUGAGGGAACUUCAGAUUAAAAGUGAUGAGCUGUCUAAAUACACACAGCAGUUCAGAGCAAUGUUAGAAUGAGAGCAGCUUCACCUUUUAUAACUGUUAUUUGUAUUUUGAACGAUGGUCACAACUUGAACUUCUGUGUUGUUACAGUUCUUUCUUCACUCCCUUGGCAGCCAAAGGGCACGAGCAGCUCAGUGGUGCCAGCCCUCAUUCCUCCCAGGCAGCCCUGCCAAAUUUCCUUUGGUGCUGCUGCACCUCCAGCAGGUGAAGAGCCACACUGAAGGAGGGAUGUGUAGAAUUAAACGUGUGCUCCCUUCCCUGCUGCUCAGACUUUGUCUAGAAAUGUUCUGUCGGGGCAGGAAUUUUUGCUGAGUAUUUGAGCAAAUGGUAUUCAUGUUUUAUAUAUAUAUAUAUUUUAAUUUCUACACAAGUCAGAAAUAUUUUCCUAUUGGUUUUUGUUUGUUUGUUUGUUUGUUUUUUUCCUUCUGAGUAUGUAAAGUCUCUCUCUACGUUUACCUGUGCACCGUUCUGUAAGCUGUGAUCUAUUACUGUAAGUUGUGAUCUAUUACUGUGUGUACUGUCAGCAGCAGCUCCCGGAGCACUCGACUCCAAUCUGGCUUAGGUUCUUUCCCCAGAGCAUUCCUUCCCUUUGCAGCUGUUUGAUGCUCCAACACAGCGGACGCGUUACAGGACAAACUGCAUCUCACUGCUGUUAGUCAGAAAUGCUCCCAUUACUGUCUGAGCGUGGAUUUAACUCAUGCAGAGCUCUGCUCCCCUACACACGGCUCUGGGGAUCACAGCUCCAUCACUGCCCGAAGCCUCCAGCCUCUAUAACGUCAGUCAUCGCGUGUCGCCUCCUCCAUUGAUCCCUGUGGGCUGUUGCUGCCCCUGUGUUUGUAUUUGUCUUGACUAAUUUAUUUAAAAGCUGUAUCUGAAUGUUUCAAGUCUGGCCUUUCUUGGUAGCGCGUCCCCGUGUCUGCACCCCGCCAUGGGACGGGUAGGGUUGCAGGGUUGUUGCAGGGUUGCACUUGUGUCUGUGCAAAGAGCAGCUCCAUGGCUGUCCCCCCAUUCACAUUCAUUGUACGGUCAUUUAAAGGCCGGCACGGAGCGCACCGCUGAAUGAAUGAAUGAAUGAACAAAUAAAUAAAUGAAUGAAUGAAUGAAUGAAUGAAUGAAUGAACGAAUAAAUGAAUGAGCGCCCCCUGCUGGACACACCCGCUGUGACCCCGCCCCUUGACGCUGAUUGGUCGGUGGCCGCUGUGACGUUUUCCGUCCAGGCCGGAACUCAUUGACCGGAAAUUUGUCGCCUGUUUUGGGGUUGGGGUGAAGGCGGAAGCGCAGCGCGAUGGGCUGCGAUGGCGGCACCAUCCCCAAGCGGCACGAGCUGGUCAAGGGGCCUCGCAAGGCUGUUAAGGUUG